AUGCCAGAGAAUGGAAUUCGUUUGUUUCUAGACAUUGGAUUUGCUUACAUAGCAGCACAAACUCCAGGAGAAGGAUCAAUUGGUGCUUAUCUUGGAAUCACAGGGAACCGAAUUUCAAAUCUAGUUGAUGCACUUUAUGUAGAAAUUACUGAAGAGCUGGAAAAGUAUCAUCGGAAUACUGAUGCAUCAAUUUCACAAUGGGAAAAAGAUGCUCUUGUGUGGAUUAAGAAAGGAGCUCCAUUUUCUUUUUUCCUUACACAAAUGUAUUUCUCUAGAGUUGCAUCUGCAUGCAGAAACAGCCAACACGAAUUAUCCACAUUAAAUGGUGUUAUGAAAACCGAAUAUCACAUUGCUUUAAGGUCUUCUGUAAGAAGUGAUUUUGCUGAAGGGGUUAGGGUAGUAUUGGUGGAUAAGGAUCAGGUUUGA